AUGAUACAUGCAGUCUUGAGAAAGAAGGAUCAAAAAGGAAAAGACAUAGAUGUAGAAUUCAAGUUUGAUGUUGGAGAUUUAAGGAGAGUUCUAGACUUGAAAGAUUCUGACAAUGAUCCAAUAAUCAUGUCUGAACGUCUUGCUAAAGGUUUGUGGUGCAGAAUGGGAUUUACUGGUCAUAUCAAUGGAAAGAUGACUAAGACAAGUUUUUCGAAGGCUUAUAGAUCCUUGCUGCACUGCAUGGUUCAUUCAUUGUCACACAGGAAAGGAGCCUAUGAUGAAGUUUCUGAUUAUAUUAUGAACAUAGUCACAAGUUUGGUAUUGAACAGGAAGUACAACAUUUCUCAAGUGAUAUUUGAGUAUAUAAAGGAGAACUGCCAGGCGAAAGGAGACAAAUAUAUCAUGUAUCCUAGAUUCAUUAUGAUGUUGAUAAAUGAUAAGAUCAAGGAUCUUCCAAAGAUCAGAAGUGAUGUCAUGGAUGUGAGAAACAUUACAUAUGAAUCAAUUGUGAGAAUCACUAAAGAAAGUGAUACAAAAACGAAACAAAUGAUAUGCAAGAUCAAGGAUCCAGAAUAUGUUGCUCCGGAGAAUGAGAAAUGGAGACAUGAUAACAGUGAUUCAGAUAAUGAAAAUGAAAAGAUGAGCGAGAUGGCUGAGAAGAAGACUAGAUGGUGGUGUGUGAGAAAUGGAAAACGAAAGAGAACACCGAAGUCAUCCCCAACAGGGUCUUCUGGAGAACCACAGCAGAGAUUGGUUGAUGAAACUGUCUCGGAGCCAUCUGUAGUCAUUGAACAAGGAGUUGAUCUUCUAAACCAAACUUUUGAAAGUUAUCUGAAAAGGAAUGAGGAAGCAGCAGCACAACAAGCUCAAGGAUCGAGUGCUCAUGUUGAGAAUGUUACAAGAGUUGAACCAGAGAUUGAAGCUCAGGGUAGUUCAAGUGAAGAUGAUUCUGAAGCAACUCAAUCAGAAUCUGAAUUGGAUCCAAUGACUCUUGGAAGGGGAAAAGCUCAGCUGAAAAAGAAACCUUUAAAGAAGAAGAAAACAUCUGAUGAAGAAGAUUCACCUUAUGAACCGGAUCAGCCAAAGAAACAAGUAAAGAAACGAAAAGCAGUUCAAGCUGGAGUAAUCCCAAGGAAUGUUAGAGCAAAGAAAUCAGAAGCUGAACCACAAAAAGAUAAAGGUGGAAAGAAAGAGAAACACAUUCAGAAAGAAAAGGUCCUUGAAUCUGAGAAGACACAAGAACCAGUAGCUGAAAGAGAAACUGGUGGUGAUGAUUACGUAGAAGUCACUGGGUUUAAAGCUGCUAGUCCACGUCCUCCUUCACAAGACAAACCAGAAUCAUCUCAAAAGAAAGAUUCAAAGGUUGAUUACAUGUUUGAAGGAUUUCCAGAAGCAACAGAAGUUUACACAGAAGAUAUUCCUGAAGAUGACUACGACAUGUUCAACGAUCAAGCAGUUAAAGAAUUGGUACAAAAGGUUAACAAGUUGGAGAAAGAAAAGGCCAAGACUGAAUUAGAACAUGAUAUUUUGAAGAAACAAGUUGAUAAUCUCAUGAAAGCUCAUGAACAAGUCAGAGCAGUGCUGAUAGAACAAGAAGAAACGAUGAACAAAAUGAGGAAUGAAGCUCAUGAUAAUUCAAAGUUGUUUGAACUGUUGACGGCAGAGAUUGCUUCGUUGAAUGUGAAGAUAAAGAACUUAGAAGAUGUCAAUCAAACACACAAUCAGCUUCUCAGUGAAAUGAGUGAAGCUUCGUCAAACGAAAUGAAGGCGAUGAAGUUGGAAAUGGAAGCUAUGAAGGCAGACAAAGUAAUGAAAGAUGAACAACUUCAUAUGCUAUACUCUGUCAUGGAAAGUCAUUUCAAGUUGGAUGUUCAUGCCACAUUCAAUGAAAUAGAAGUGAAAAGAGCUGAAGAGAGAAGGUUGGAACGUGAAAGACGUUUAGCUGAAGAAGCCACCCAAAAGAACAAAGGUGUGAUUGAUGAUACUCAAGAAGCUGGUGGAUCGUCAAGCCAACCUGAUAUUGGUGGUUCAUGA